CAUAAUUUUCGUUGCUGCGUCCUUAAAUUUCCGUAAGGURUCCYUACGCACACGUUAAGAUGGGUAGGGAGGACAAGGCAACUUGGAAGUCCAAUUACUUCACCAAACUUGUACAACUUCUCGAUGACUUUCCAAAAUGUUUCAUCGUUGGAGCGGACAAUGUCGGGUCAAAGCAAAUGCAACAGAUUCGUAUGUCCCUGCGUGGCAACGCAGUUGUACUCAUGGGAAAGAAUACUAUGAUGCGUAAGGCUAUUCGUGGACACAUCGAAAGAAAUGCAGCUUUGGAAAAAUUAUUACCACACAUUAGGGGUAAUGUUGGAUUUGUUUUCACUCGUGGGGACUUGAUUGAAGUCAGAGACAAAUUGCUGGAGAACAAAGUACGAGCACCGGCUAGGGCAGGUGCUAUAGCACCUUUGAGCGUUAUCAUUCCAGCACAAAACACGGGUCUCGGUCCAGAAAAAACUUCUUUCUUCCAAGCUUUAAGUAUACCGACCAAAAUUUCGAAGGGUACUAUUGAAAUUAUCAAUGAUGUACAUAUCUUAAAACCAGGUGAUAAAGUAGGUGCAUCAGAAGCAACUCUUUUGAAUAUGUUAAAUAUUUCUCCAUUCUCGUAUGGGUUGCUUGUCGAACAAGUAUACGAUUCUGGUACCAUUUUUGCACCUGAAAUUUUGGAUAUCAAACCCGAAGAUCUUCGCGAGAAGUUCUUAGCUGGUGUUGCUAACUUAGCGGCUGUUUGUUUAGCGAUUUCUUAUCCGACUGUCGCUAGCGCACCGCACAGCAUUGUUAACGGUUUCAAAAACUUGUUGGCUGUUGCUGCUGCUACUGACGUUGAAUUCGCUGAAGCGAUGACGAUCAAAGAGUACAUCAAGGAUCCUAGCAAGUUUGCAGCUGUUACCACUACUGUUGCUGCACCAGCAGCUGCUGCUGAAGCUCCUGCUGUUGAAAAGAAAGAAGAAAAGAAAGAGGAAUCAGAUUCAGAAGAUGAUGACAUGGGCUUUGGACUUUUCGAUUAAACAAGAAAACUUUCACGGUAACUCUUACGUUUUAAUAACAAAGAUUCUGUUGUCAUUUCUUACGGCUGACAUCCAAAUAAAUUAAACACUUUAUAAUGAA